GAUAAUUUGUUUACCAUUCACUACUGAUAUUUAAUAUUAUUCUGGCUUGAGUAGGGUUUAUUAUUUUAAGAGUGUCAUAGAAAAAUAUAAUAUGUCUAAGGACGAAAAGGACAAGGUACAAAUCAUCGACAAGGACCUGGACCUCUCGAACGCCGGCCGAGGAGUGUGGCUGGUGAAAGUGCCCAAGUACAUCGCUCAGAAAUGGGAAAAGGCGCCCUCCAACAUGGACGUGGGCAAACUUCGGAUCAGCAAAACACCUGGUCAGAAGGCCCAGGUGUCGCUCUCUCUCACUCCCGCAGUUUUGGCCCUAGACCCAGAGGAGAAGAUUCCCACAGAACACGUCCUCGACGUGUCGCAGGUGACCAAGCAGACUUUGGGGGUUUUUUCGCACAUGUCCCAGGCUGAGAUGGCUGCCAACAAUGGUAAGGAGAACUCGACGACACCAGCAGUUUCGGACAACGAGAAGCUUUACAUGGAGGGCCGGAUUGUCCAAAAGCUGGAGUGCCGACCCAUAGCCGACAACUGCUACAUGAAGCUCAAGCUGGAGUCCAUACGCAAGGCAUCUGAGCCACAGCGCCGGGUGCAACCCAUCGACAAGAUCGUACAGAACUUUAAGCCCGUCAAGGAUCAUGCACACAACAUCGAGUACCGGGAACGAAAGAAGGCCGAGGGCAAGAAGGCCCGUGACGACAAGAACGCGGUUAUGGACAUGCUGUUCCAUGCGUUCGAGAAGCACCAGUACUACAACAUUAAAGAUCUCGUCAAGAUAACGAACCAGCCAAUUAGCUACUUGAAGGAAAUCCUCAAGGACGUGUGCGACUACAACAUGAAAAACCCCCACAAGAACAUGUGGGAGCUCAAGAAAGAAUAUCGUCACUACAAGGUUGAGGAAAAGAAGGAGGAGGAUGACCAAAAAUCGGGUAGCAGUGACUCCGAGUAACAUUAGGCUUUUGUAGACCAUACCCCCACAACUUUAAUUAAAAGAUUUUUAAGUAAUUUGA